CAUGAAUGUUUACUAAUGAUACAGAAAGGACAGGCUGACUACAUCUCUUCAGCAUCCCUCCCUCCCUCUUUUCCUCUCUCUCCUCAUAAUUCCACGCCCAAGCGGACACACAGACACCAGCAGACGCAGUCUAAUCUCAGCAGACACGCCGUCCUCCUCUCUUUCUACCAGCCAGUGGAUACAGCCACUUCUGUGCCCUACGCAAACAUGUCUGACAAGCCAGACCUCACAGAAAUCGCCAGGUUUGACAAAACCAAGCUGAAGAAGACUGAGACAAAAGAGAAGAACCCUCUUCCCACCAAAGAGACUAUCGAACAGGAGAGGAAAGGAGAUGCUACUCCGUAACCUAGGAGACGAGGAGAAGACAAGCACAAUACAUGUACUUCUGACAUGGCAGAUAUUACAAUCCUUAUUUCUGUUUAAAGGGUGCUAUUGCCCCACGUGAUGCAUGGUUAACAUGGCGAUUGGAGUCACUGGGGCUUAUGAAUGGGUGUGUGAUGAAGGGGGAGGAUGUGAGACAGGGUUUAAAAUAGGUAUUUUACCAAAAUCUGUUUAGUGCAUUAGUUUUUUUUUUUUUAUAAUUUUUAAAAAGGGUUUCAUCAUGAAAUAAAGACAAGUGAAAUGUAAAACAAAUAAAAUGCCAAAUAUGACUUGUCUUCUUAACAACUGAUAUUUUAGUGUUUCUUUUUAAAUGUCUCUUAAGCUCACCAAGGCUGCAUUUUAUUGAUCAAGAAUAUGGUAAAAACAUGUGAACCUUGUGAAAUAUUAUGAAUUUAAAAUGUACAUUUUUUUCUGUUAAUGUUUUUUUAAUGAGUCAUUAUUAUUUAGUUAGUAUUAUAUAUUAUGUACUUUGUAUCACACACAUUUAUGUACAUAUAUACACACAACUAACAACUAUGGAUAAAUAAAAAUAAUUUUUGGCAGAAAUAUAUAAUUUAGCAAAAACAAAAAAAGGACAAAAUAACCAAUUGUUAUUGUUGCAAAAUAAAGAUGCAACAAAAAAAUAAAACAUUUAUUUUGCCAUUUUGAUCAAUUGUGAUGUUUCCAAAACAAUUAACAGCCUUUAAACAAAUAUUAACACUUUACUCACACAUUUCUAAUAAAUCCUGGAAUGCCAGAGAAUCUGCCAAAUUUAAAGUGAUCUCUUAAUUUUUCCUAUAUAUGCAUGUGAACUGAUAGUUUUGCAUCAAUGUAAACAACUUUACUGUUACUUUUUGAUCAAUUUAAUGCAUUCAUGAUCAAUAAAAGUAUUCAUUUCUUUAAAAUGUAUAUCUUCCGGUCAAAAUAUGACAUUAUUGUACACACAAUUCAUUUAAUCUGAAAAAAGAGGAGCAAGUUGUCCCAUAUAGGGUAAGUAGUAACAAUAAUUUGAAGAGGUUCUCAUACAAUCACAAAAUCAAGUCACAAAUCCAGUGGCAACGUGUCUGACCAGACAUUCAUGGGAAAACAUGUCUAGACAAUGGAAGCAGUAUAAAUCGUGAACUGAACAUGACUUUUUCAGACUCUAUAAAAAUUGACCAUACAUUUUCCACACAUUAACUAUUCAAUGAUUUAAAGAACGAAUUUACAAUAUUAUUAAUGCUCUCACCCCAUGAAUGUUGUAAUUCAUAAUAUGUCAUGUAACAUUAGAAACCCCAAAUAUCACGUGUUGCUUACUUGGGACAGAAAAAGAAAUGACACAUACCUUGACUUGUGCAUCCAACAAAGGUGGAGAUAAUAAAAAUCCAUGAAUUAA